AUAAGAAGCACUUCGGCCCAAAUCCGUGAGAUGGGCCUGGCCGCCUUUGUCUUCAUCGCUCCGGCGCCAGCUAACGACGAGCUUUAACCCCUCAUCAAAACCCCACCGGCCGGCCGCCACCAAUUUCAUUUCUCUCAUUUUCCGGUGGACCGGUUUCCCAGAACAAGCAUUUGCCUCGGCUGGAAGAAAGAGCAGUAAAAACCUACCGAUAAGGCUGCUAAAAUGGCGAACCUCCGGACGGCAAUCGAUUCCGCCUUCUGGGACCAGCCAGUCUCAACCCCUCAAACCCUAGAAGGCUCCGCCCGUUCCGUCCCCGGCGAACCAUUCCCCCUCGACGCAUCUCGAGCCAGCCGAGCCCUCCGGAUUCAACAGCUCUCCCUCCUCGGCCAUGGCUUCCCUCUCGGCGUCAUCCCUUCUUACUCUCCCACCCGCAAUCAUGGCUCCCUCGCCUUCCAGUCCGCCUUCCUCAAGCUCUCCGUCUCCGAUUGGUGGCUUGGUCUUGUUGGCCAAUUCCGACCCAAGAAGCUAAUUUCAUCCAUCAGAAAAGAGUUCUUCAAUGGCGGUGAGUUGGAGCUCCCUGCAUUCAGAAAUGUGGCCAAGCAUGUCUUGGAUAAGUCGCUCUACUCCCUCGGCUUCUACUCGCAGUUUUCCCCAUCUCCGUCUUCGUCUGUCUUGCUCUCUACUGAACGUCAUGGUGACAAGAAGAGACCUCGUUACAAAAUGAUGCUCUUCCACAAGCUUCCUAACCACGACGUGACAUUGGAGGCAGGAUUUCCUGAGCUGUUUGUUGACCGUAAAGGAGGGUAUUGGGAUGUGCCAGAGUCGAUAUCGUUAGACAUGGCUUCCCUCCCCAAUGAAUCGGGUUUUCUAUACCGUUUUGGCAUACACAAAAACGGUGGGCAGCCUCAUGAUGCUGUUAACACAGUGAAUGGUGAGGUACCCAGUUCUUUGAUGCCUGGAUUAUGUGGGAAGGCUGCCUGUUCUUAUGAGAAGAGCAAGGACUUUUGGCGGGUUAAGGAUGCCAAGGAGGACACUGCAAUUAUGACAGAUAAAGGCCCUGUUUGGAUUCCUCCUCCUUACGAUGUGCGUCUAAAGGAACCACACUCUGCAAUUUCUGGGAUCAUUGGGGCCACCUGUGCAGCCUGGCUCGGUGGUGGGGAUGAUUCAUCAGCAAGCAGUAGAAAGAGAAGCCCAGUGAGUGCAGAUUUGUUUGGCUCGGUUUGCUAUACCUUGCAGCACGGGAAGUUCAGAAAGGACUAUGGUGACUUGACAAGAUUGGAUGCUCGCCUGGAUAUUUGCUCAGCUUCAGCUCUUGCCAAGGAGGUUUUCAAUGCGUUCCGGAAGUCGGAGGGCAAUCCAGACCAUCAUGAUCGACUGUCUUCUCCCCGGUUGAGUUGUAUCUUCCAGCAGCAGAUUGCCGGUCCCAUCAUGGCUCGAGUGGAUUCAAGGUUUGCACUGGGUUCACCAUCAUCAGGGAAGGACAGGACCGCACAUUUGGAAGAUGUGAUAUAUAGCUUGAGUUACUCACUGAGGCUUCUCAAGUCAGGGAAAGUUGUUGCUUGGUAUUCUCCCAAAAGAAAAGAAGGGAUGAUCGAACUGCGCUUGUUUGAGUUCUAGUUUUUGCUUGCUCGUUUAUUUUUUUAGCUCACAUUGUUUGUUGUUUCGGCUGGAAUGCAAUGACGCUUCUGCAUCCAAGUAUUGUAUUGAUAUUUUUUUUAUUGUAGAAGUACUAGAGGGGAUUAGCCGCAUGUUUUAGUUCAUCAAUCGUUUUGUUGCUCGUAAUAGGAAUGCCAGUGAAAUGGAAAUGAGUUCUCUCUGCAGUUUUUGGUUCUCUUCACAGUUUUUACAUACUUGGCUUCGUA